AUGUCACUGUUCACGUCCAACCCCAAGGCCAAUGAGCCCUCCACAACACCCGCAGCAGCUCCUCCCCCAGACGUCCCUACCGGCGUCGCAAGGGCUGAUAGUCCACUAGACGAAAGGCAGGGGUUGACGGCGGAGCGGGUUCGGGUGCUCGUUCGCCUGAUCCAGUGUCCCGUGUGCUCCUUCCCACUUCGGGAGCCUGUGACACUCCCUUGCGGGAGGUCUCUCUGCAAGCCGUGUCUGCCUUCAACACACCUUCGGACGAGAAUAUCUUACCCUGCGACUGCAGAUAGACUGCAAGGCCUCCAAUGCCCCUUCCCGGACUGCCGCGCAGAACAUGCCCUCGGAGACUGUGGUCUGGAUGUCACGCUAAACGACUUGGUAUCGGCCGUGAGGGCCGAGUACGAGAAGGGACGGAAUGCAGCUCUCGCCAGCAAACUGGUCACUCACGUCUCCACCAAGGAUGAAUGGGAGAUAGCCGGAAUACCGUCCCUGAAGGACGCCGACAGCAGGUCGAGGGCCCUGCCGGGGGGUAGGUUGCUGGCAACCUACUUGUUGGCCGACAUGGGAGAUCUCGACUACAACGCCGAAGUCACCUACGCCACGCCAGAUACCGAGGAUCACGCGGAUCUCGACGCCACCGUCUUGGCGAAAGUCAAGGAGAUGACACUGGCAGAGGUGGACUGCCAUGUCUGCUACGCCGUCUUCUACGAUGCGGUCACGACGCCGUGCGGACACACGUUUUGUCGCGUGUGCCUCCAGCGCGUACUGGACCACUCGAGCUGCUGCCCAGUCUGCCGACGCCGACUCACGAUACAGCCCAUGAAUAACCGGGCCGCCUCUCCCGCCAACGAGCUUCUGAGGAAGAUCACGACUGCAUUCUGCGCGGAUCUGGUGGAACUGCGGGGCCAAGCAAUAUCCAAAGAGGGCCUCAAAAGCGACAACCACGAGUUCGACCUGGCCAUCUUCGUGUGCACCCUCUCCUUUCCGUCCAUGCCCACCUUCCUCCACGUCUUUGAGGCGAGAUACCGGCUCAUGAUCCGGCAGGCCCUGGAGGGAGAUCGGACCUUUGGCAUGGCCAUGUACGACGACGACUCGGGCUUCGCCGAGCUCGGCACCGUCCUCCGCAUUGUCAACGUCGAGUUCUUCCCCGACGGCCGGAGCCUGCUCGAGACCGUGGGCAUCUCGCGCUUUCGCAUCAUCCGCCACGGGAUGCUAGACGGCUACGUCGUGGCUAAAACGGAGAGGAUAAAUGAUAUUAGCAUCGCGGAUGAGGAGCAGCUCGAGGCGCUGGAGGCCAGAGGAGUCGUGUCCGGUUCUGGCCGGGCGGCGUCGCCGGGGGCGGCCAGGUUUCCGACAAGCACACAAGAGGUUGAGGGCCUGCCCACGCAGACUCUGAUGGAUUUCGCAACCGACUUUGUCCGGCGGAUGAGGGGCCAGAGCGUGGCCUGGCUGACGGCCCGUAUCCUGGCUAUCUACGGGGAGUGUCCGCAUGACCCGGCCCUCUUCCCCUGGUGGUUCGCCAACAUUCUCCCCGUCCGAGAAACGGAGAAGUACCGGCUUCUGGGGACGACGAGCGUUCGGGAGAGGCUGAAGAUGUGCUGUGGGUGGAUACUGGAAUGGGAAUCCAGUCGAUGGUGA